AUGGAGCCCCCUGCGGGGAGCGAGAAGGAGAGAGGAGGAGACGCGGUAACAGUGGAAUGCGUGAAUAGGAUCCGAGUGCCAAGACCACCCUCCAUUGAGGAAUUCACCAUAGUGAAACCUAUUAGCCGUGGCGCCUUCGGGAAGGUGUAUCUCGGGCAGAAAGGCGGCAAGUUGUAUGCUGUGAAGGUUGUCAAAAAAGCAGAUAUGAUCAACAAAAAUAUGACGCAUCAGGUGCAAGCCGAGAGGGACGCACUAGCACUAAGCAAAAGUCCUUUCAUUGUCCAUUUGUACUACUCCCUCCAGUCAGCAAACAAUGUCUACUUGGUAAUGGAAUAUCUUAUUGGCGGAGAUGUCAAGUCUCUGUUACAUAUAUAUGGUUAUUUUGAUGAAGAGAUGACUGUGAAAUAUAUUUCUGAAGUGGCCUUGGCUCUAGACUAUCUUCACAGACAUGGAAUCAUCCACAGGGAUUUGAAACCUGACAAUAUGCUUAUUUCUAAUGAGGGUCAUAUUAAGCUAACAGAUUUUGGCCUUUCCAAAGUUACUUUGAAUAGAGAUAUCAAUAUGAUGGAUAUCCUCACAACACCAUCAAUGGCUAAACCUAGACAAGAUUAUUCAAGAACCCCAGGACAAGUGUUAUCUCUCAUCAGCUCUUUGGGAUUUUACACACCCGUUGCAGAAAAAAACAGAGACUCUGCAAAUAUUCUUUCUACCCAUGUCUCUGAAACAUCACUCAUUUGUCCUAUGUCUGUAGAUCACAAGGAUACUACUUCUUAUUCGAGCAAACUACUAAACUCAUGUCUUGAAACAGUCACCUCCAACCCCAGGAUGCCUGUGAAGUGCCUCACGUCUAACCUCCUGCAGUCCAGGAGGAGGCUGGCUACAUCCAGUGCCAGCAGCCAGUCGUACACCUUCAUGUCCAGUGUGGAGUCUGAGGGCCACAGCAGCCCCACGUGGGAGGAGGAGUGCCAGGAAAGUGAUGAUGCACUGGGCUCUACAAUGAUGAGUUGGAAUAUAAUAGAAAAGCCUUUAGGUACAAAAUCUACCAAUGCUAUCGAGACCAAAGGUUUCAAUAAAAAGGAUCUUGAGUUAGCCCUUUCUCCCAUUCAUGACGGCGGGACCGUUCCUGCGACCGGAAGCUCUUGUGUAAACCCUGCUAAAAAAGGCUUCCCUGAGGAAGCGUCUUGGGAAGCAAGAGAACUGGAUAUAAAUAACAUUAACACGGCCACUGACAAAACACAGCCUGCUUCUCAUCCCUCAGAUCCGUGGGCUGUGGAUUCUGUUGAUAGGACUGAUGAGCACCUUGGGAAGAGAGGGUUUAAGAGAAAUUUUGAGUUAGUUGACUCUAGUCCUUGUCGGAAUAUUAUACAGAAUAAAAAAAAUUGUAUAGAGCUUAAGGGAAGUAAUGAAAUGAACGAUGGUUGUAUAACUCAAAGCACAGGCUUAACGACUGAAGUCCAAGACCUUAAGCUCUCGGUACGUAGAGAUCAGCAAAAUGACUGUGCUAAUAAGGAGAACAUGGUCGAUUCUUUCCCUGAUAAACAACAAACACCAGAAAAAUCACCUAUCCCAAUGAUAGCAAAAAACCUUAUGUGUGAACUGGAUGAAGAUUGUGACAAGAAUAACAAGAAGGACCACUUAAACUCCAGUUUUCUCUGUUCCGAUGAGGAGAGGGCUUCUAAAAGUAUCUGUAUGGACUCCGAUUCAUCCUUUCCUGGAAUUUCUAUAACAGAAAGUUCAUUAGAACGGCAGUCCUUGGAUCCAGAUAAAAGCCUCAAAGAAUCCUCUUUUGAAGAAUCCAACAUUGAAGGUCUGCUGACCGUAUCACCCAGCUGGCAAGAAAGUACCUUGCUGAAAACUGAUGAGAAUCCCGCUGUACAAGGCAGUAGCCAGAAAAUGCUAGCCCCGUCUUCGGAGGGGUUGAAAACAUUAACCGUAUCUAAAAGAAAUGCUGUAGCUUUUCGAAGUUUUAACAGUCCGAUUAAUGCCUCUAAUAACUCAGAACCGUCCAAAAUGAGCACUACCUCUUUAGAUGCAAUGGAUGUUUCCUGUGUUUACAGUGGUUCAUACCCCAUGGCCAUAACCCCUACUCAAAAAGGAACAUCCUAUAUGCCACAUCAGCAGACCCCAAAUCAGAUCAAACCAGGAACUCCAUUCCGAACUCCGAAGAGCGUGAGGCGAGGGCCAGCCCCAGUGGAUGACGGGCGGAUUCUCGGGACCCCGGACUACCUCGCGCCUGAGCUGUUACUGGGCAGGGCCCAUGGAUUUCUGACUUCCGGUCCUGCGGUAGACUGGUGGGCACUUGGAGUUUGCUUGUUUGAGUUUCUAACAGGAAUUCCUCCUUUUAAUGAUGAAACACCACAACAAGUAUUCCAGAAUAUUCUGAAAAGAGAUAUCCCUUGGCCUGAAGGUGAAGAAAAGUUAUCUGAUAAUGCUCAAAAUGCAGUAGAAAUACUUUUAACUAUUGAUAAUACAAAGAGAGCUGGAAUGAAAGAGCUAAAAUGUCAUCCUCUCUUCAGUGAUGUGGACUGGGAAAAUCUGCAGCAUCAAACUAUGCCUUUCAUACCCCAACCAGAUGAUGAAACAGAUACAUCCUAUUUUGAAGCCAGGAAUAAUGCUCAGCACCUGACUGUAUCUGGAUUUAGUCUAUAGCACGUAAAUUUUCUCUUUAAUCUAAUCUUUUUCAUAGAAUAAGCUAGCAUAAUUAUAUAUUCCUUCAUAGUAGACUGAUCUAAGGGGGAGAAGAAUCAUUAUGUUACUUGGAUCGAAGAGCUUUUCAUAUAUGUUAGUUUCCACAGAGUUAAAAGGCUGUCGAGCAUAAUCAGUAACUUAUCUCAGCCUCAGAGCUUCAAAACCUUCUUCACCUUAUUUAUUUUGUUACUGCACUUUAUGAAAACGAAUGUGUCAGUAAAACUAGAAUAACACUAUUCCUUUAAAAGAGGAGCAAGUCUCAAGCCUAGCUUUUCUUUCACGUGUGGAUUUCAGCCCACCAUUCAGUUUGGUGUUAAAACAACAAAAUCAUGGUUUUACUGGAAUGUAAUUUAGCUGGACAUGACUGCCCGCAGAAACGGUAGCCUCAAGAGCAAUCAUUUAAGGUUGCGCUUGUGGCCUCAAAGCUGUCGCUGAGAAAGUCCUUCACUCUGUUGUGUUACUCCUUUAGGGAAUGAGGAAUGAAAGAGGCAGGGGUUUUAGUUUACCUUACUAGGAACACAGUCUUGCUGUCUCGACUGCUUCUGGUGCUUUCUCAGUAAUACAUAUUUGCUUACAGUUGGCCUGGAGGGCUUGGGUGUGAUCAGCCAUAGCAAUUUUAACAGCUUGUUCAAUAUUAAUAAAAGUGCUGGUUUGCAGCUUAAAAGAAUUUGUGUAAAUAAAACAUAUGCAAUAUUAUGAGAAAUAA